ACCCAAAAUGUAACGGUCACGUAUCCUGGCAAUGGAAAAACGUCUGUUGGCGGAUUCAUUGCCAAUUUGGAGCUCUCCAUGCCCAAUAUACUAUUUACUUAACAUUCUUCUUAAUUUUGUCAAGUGUCUCUAAGAGAAAAGACAUGGCCCAAGCCGGAGGCGGUGGUGGUGGUGGUGGUGGUGGUGGUGGAGGUGGUGGUAAUAAAAAGGCUGAGGACUUACAACCACAUCCAGUGAAAGAGCAGUUACCUGGAGUUCAAUAUUGCAUAAACAGUCCUCCUCCAUGGCAUGAAGCUAUUUUAUUGGGGUUCCAGCACUAUCUUUUGGCACUUGGUAUUACUGUUCUGAUACCAAGCUUGAUCGUCCCUCUAAUGGGCGGUGGCGAUGCUGAGAAGGCUAGAGUAAUACAAACAUUACUCUUUGUUUCAGGAUUUAGCACAUUUUUUCAGACUUUAUUUGGCACCCGGCUUCCGUCUGUGGUUGUGGGUUCAUAUGCAUAUGUUAUGCCCACUACCUCAAUUCUCCUAGGCAGUAGAAACAGUAUGUUCAUUGAUCCCCAUGAGAGGUUUGUACAAACAAUGAGAGCAACACAAGGUGCUUUAAUCAUCAGUGGCUGUUUCCAAAUAGUUAUGGGUUUCUUUGGUCUUUGGAGAAAUGUAGUCAGGUUUCUUAGCCCUCUUUCUAUUGUACCUUAUGUAACUUUCACGGGGCUUGGUCUCUAUUACCUUGGUUUCCCUACUCUGGCAAACUGUGUUGAAGUUGGGCUUCCAGAAAUAUUUGCAAUGGUUUUCAUAUCACAGUAUCUUCCUCACUAUGUGAAGUCAAAAAGGCCCAUAUGUGAUCGGUUUGCGGUUCUGUUCUCUGUUGCUCUUUCAUGGUUGUUUGCACAGCUUCUAACUGCAAGUGCUGUUUAUGAUAAUAAGCCUUCAAAAACUCAAAUGAGUUGCAGAACUGACCGUGCAGGACUUGUUAGUGCAUCACCUUGGAUUUAUAUUCCUUAUCCAUUUCAGUGGGGAAGCCCAACAUUUAAGGCUGGAGAAGCUUUUGCAAUGAUAGCUGCUGCUUUUGUUUCUUUGUUUGAGUCCACGGGCACAUUUUUCGCGACUGCGAGAUAUGGAAGUGCCACUCCUGUUCCACCUUCAGUCAUCAGCCGUGGGACUGGCUGGCUGGGGAUUGGGGUGUUGUUCAAUGGUUUUUUUGGAUGUCUGACAGGAUGUACUGCAUCAGUGGAAAAUGCAGGUCUGUUGGCAUUGACAAAAGUAGGAAGCCGAAGAGUUAUUCAAAUAUCUGCUGGAUUUAUGAUUUUCUUCUCUAUAUUUGGAAAAUUUGGGGCACUAUUUGCAUCUAUACCUCUGCCAAUUGUAGCAGCUAUGUAUUGUGUUCUAUUUGGUUAUGUCUCUUCUGCAGGCCUCGGUUUUCUCCAGUUCUGUAACCUGAAUAGUUUCAGGACAAAAUUCAUCCUUGGCUUUUCUUUCUUCAUGGGCAUUUCAGUACCGCAAUACUUUAGAGAAUACUAUCAACAAGGAUCAAAUUGCGGCUAUGUUUACACAGGUUCUAGAUGGUUUCACGAUAUAGUGACUAUCAUCUUCACAUCCCAUGCGACUGUAGCUGCUUUGGUUGCAUUUUUCCUGGAUUUCACUCUUUUUCGCGAAAAUGAUGAAACGAGAAAGGACAGUGGCUUGAAGUGGUGGGAAAAAUUCAGCUUAUACAAUUCAGAUGUUAGAACUGAUGAAUUCUAUGCAUUACCUUGUAGACUUGAUAAACUUUUCCCAGCCAUUUAAUCUUUCAUUAAUUGCCUUUUAAUGGCUGAAAAAAAAGAAGUUAAAAAAAAAAAGUUUACUUUGCAGCUAUUUUUUCCAUUUUCAAAGUUCCUGUAAAUUCUUGC